AUGAGGCAGAAAUCCAAAUGUGAAGCAAAGUUCAAUGGACAAACAACUUGCAAGUAUAAGCAUAUAGUCGGUCCGCUAGCAGUAACACCUGCGGAGACGUACACGUCCGCCAGGUGGCGAGAGGGUAGUGGAAUGCAAACGUCCUCUACCUUUUCUGUGCAAUUGCCUUUUUCUAAUCCCAUUAAUCGCCCCAAAUCACCUUGCUGUACGGGGAAAAAGCCCGGUGGCGUCGUAUGCAGGAGGAAAGUGUUCUUCCCUUUUGCCAAAUACACUAAUAGACCUUCUGCAGGUUUGUCACUAAAGGACCAAAGCGCCUCUGCUAGAAAUUUCUUUUUUGCAUGUUCAUGUAAAUAUGAGGUCAUACGAGUUGUCGAGGGAAACUCGCAGUUCAUUGGUAGGAAGAAACGCCGAGCAAACCGGGAUGGCGCUUCAAGAGAGGAAGAGCACGACACCCCAAAGAUGCACAAAGUAUUGGGGGACAAGGUGUUUAGCACUGAUAUAAGAGUGCCUUCUUCGUAUAUAUAUUUGAGGAAGGCGCUAUCGGUAGAGUUCCUUCAUUGUAUUGGCCGUUUUCGUUCCUUAAUGGGGCACUCUCCAGCACGAUGUCUCGCCAGGUCUCGCAAGACAGUUCGACACCGCAGAGGUUGCCUGUCUCUAAUGAUUCAUUUUUCGAGAAAAUCAACGGCACCACCCAACAUAAUUAGAAGAGAUUUCUUGGUGCCAGAAAGGAACAACAGGCGUUCAGGUUGUAACAGACUUGGACCAAAAAGCCCUGGCUGCUCUACUGGACAGGCAGCUUCCGUGCCGUCGCCAAGACAGGGCUGGAGAGCGCGCUGUUGCAAGCGACUGGUGAGAACUCCAGCGCCUCUCGCCAUGUGGGCCUCCCAAACUGCAGAGGCCCCCUCUAGGGAGUUCGAACCCCCUGGAGGCUUGCGCUCGCCCUUUGGGCAGGGAGUCGCGGGCAAGGAUGCGCAGACUCAGAUCCCCCCGGAGUGCUCCUUUUCAGGCUUCGACAGCCUGCUCUCUCUGGACGCAGGCGCACCUCCCACGGCAAGCGAGCUCCCGCCUCUCCCCGGCGCUGCCUCGUCGACUUCUUCCGUGGCGGCUGCCUCCCCGAAGGGCCCACCAAAAGGCACAGACUUGGAAGCCGCCUUCUCGCCCUCUCUGGCUGCUGCGACGGCUGUCUUUCCUCCGUCUUGCUCGCUGGCAGAACCCGCGCAAACGGCGCCUCUCGAACAGACAGGCAUUCGUCGGAGCACAGAGGGGCCCCUAUGGCCCGCUGAGACCCCGUGGGGGGCCCCUCCGCCGCCUUCACGGAUUCAGCUUCAAGACACGCCUGCGGCAGCGUCACCUCGCGCUCGUUCGCUGGCAGCGGCAGAGAAGGUGUGCAAUACAAAUGCGCAGUCCGAGCAGCUCCCCGAGUCAGGAGCACCGGCAGCUUCCCAGCCGCAACAGCUGCUGCAGGACGGGCUCGAUAGCUGUUGGGCAAACUGGCAGUCCUCCUCGACCCCCCCCCCUCCCCCGAAGGCGCCUCCUGAAACUCCCCCGCCGUCUGCUGCUGCAGCUUCUCAGCAGGUGUAUCCGCACAGGCUGCCUCCUUCUGCAGCAGCCGAGCGACCCCCAGAGCAUCCUUGGAACGAAUGCGUCUUCCAGUCCGAGUCCGCUGAGUUUUCAAACGACAUGCCUGUUGUACGCAGGGGUGGUGUCGAGACACUGCACGUGUUGCACUCUGCCGCCAGCAGCGCCUCUGGACAUAUCCCUCUGCCCUCUGUUACAGAGCAAUCGAGCCUUGGAGAGGCGCGUGGCAAGGCUUUUUUUGAAGCAGCUGCGAGCUCAAGCGGUUCACCAGCUUCAGACAAAAGCCCUUCUACUGGAAGUUAUGUGUCUGACGACUUGAACACCCCAGAGGGCCUGCCUUGCAAUGGAGGAGGCGAUCUCGAGGGAGGAGGCGAUCUCGAGGGAGGAGGCGAUCACAAUCGAGGCAAUCAUGAUGGAGAGAAUCACUCGUCGUCAGCCUCAGCCCUCGGAGAGUGCCUUCCACCCCGCGUGGCAGCCUCGGAAGCAUCUCAUCUCGAGGAAGGCGCGCUCCUGAACGUUCGUGUUGCUGCGGACAGCCGCGCCUCUUCCGACUCCCACGAAAAGGGUCGGAGGCUCUCGUCUCUGGGGGGGGGCCCCUCCGAGGAGGAGGGGCCCCCCAGCAACGACGAGACGCCAACACCCCUCUCCGACAGCGGAGGCGUCCACACGCGAAGCCGCUCCGAGACGUCCUCGGGGGGAGGCUCACGCCACACCGACUUGGCAUCUGCUUUUUCCCCCCCCGAAAGACCACUCGAGGCAGACGCGGCAUUGCCGAGUCAAGUGUUGCUGUCUGAACACCCCGACAGCGAGGGGCCCCCCUUAUCCCCCGAUGCGCAGCUCGAGAAAGCGACGACGAGCCAUUCUCUCCAGCUGGAGCAAACGGCGGCUGCUGCAGCCGCAGCCGCGGGAACAAGGCCAGAAGAAGAUCACGCAACGAGGAUUGCCGAAGCGGAGCCUCCUCGAGAAGCCUGUAUCUCGCCGUUGGGGGUGUCAGACGCGCAGGAAGGCAGCAACGGCGGCAGCAGCCCCUCUUCCGCCUCUCGCGCGGCAGACGCGGCUGGAGAAGGGGCCCCAAAAAUCCUCGGAGGAGACGUUUUGCCAGUUCCCGAGUUGCAGUUGGCGGGCUUAGAGUUUGUGCGCAUCGACAGAGUGCGCGCGCCACGAGACAAGCUGCGACUGAUCCUCUCGGGGUGCAGGAUGUUGAUGGCUGCUCUGGAGCGGAGGCAGCGAGCGGCUGCAACUGCAGAUGACUUGCUGCCCCUCCUGAUCUACACCGUCAUCAAAGCAAGACCUCCCCGUCUGCACAGCAACAUUCAGUUUGUCGCAGCCUACCGACAUCCCGCAAGAAUGCACGGCGAGGAAGCUUACUUUUUCACCCACUUUUGCUCAGCCGCGGCAUUCAUCAAGUCCGUCGGAUCCUCAGGCAUCCAGCUGCACAUGGAUCGCGCCGAGUAUGAGCGCCGCUUCGCUGAGGCAGAGGAGGCUCUGCGGCAGGAAGAAGCGGCUGCAGUUGUCAAGAGCACGGCUGCCACGGAUGGGGCAGGCACUGCACUGGCUGCGGCAGCGACAGCUCUCAGCACGCUGGCGCAGCUGCAGAAAAGCGGGGGGGGGGCGGCCCCAUCCGAAGGGGGGCCCCUUGGGGGGCCCCCCGUCGGACUGCCCCCUCAGCAUGGGGGGGGCCCCCCCCUGCUGCUGCAGCGGCAGCUGCAAGCGCAGCAGCAGCAGGCUCGCCUGUUGCUCGCUCAGGCCGUGCGAUCUCCCAAGACGUUUCGCGGCGUGCACUCAGCCGCCCAUUUGAAGGUGGGGGAUUUGCAGGAGCUCCUGGUCGAAUACCACGGGCUAGUAGACAUCUUGGAGCGAAUGACGGUGCUGCUGCAGCAGCAGCUCAAGCUGGAGCAAGGCAGCAGCAGCAGCAGGCUGCAGAAUGCAGCGAGCACCGACAGGGCUGCAUAA